CAUACAAAUAAUUAUGGGGUAUCUUGAUAUUAUUAUAUCAUUUGUUUAAUUCAAUUAAUUUAUUUAUGUAAGUAGUAAUCGCAAUCUUUUAAUCACAGUUUCCCUCAAAACCUGCACCUGUAUUAAUAAUUAUAUACUGAAUUAUACUGUAUUAUACUAUACUAUACUUUAUGCCUAAGAAAUAGCACUAAGUAAGUGAGUGAGUGAGUGACUAAGUUAGUAUUUGUAAGUAAUAGUAACAAUUACUAAAAAGUCACUAUCACUGAUCAGUAAGUUGAGUGACUUACUAAGUGACUAAGUAGACUAAGUCUCAGUAAAGUAAAACCAAGUAAAUAGUAAAGUAAACAUUUAGACUUAGACUAGGACUAGACUUACAUAAUUGCAACUAACUUACAUUAUGAUGAUUAUAUUAUAUUAAACUUAAACAUAUAAUAAUAAUAAUAUAUAAUAUAAUUAGGCCUAUACUAUGCCUUUACUUUUAAACUUUAACUUUAAUUUUGAUUACUGUAUAAUACAUUAAAUUAUCAUUAAUGAAGUUAAUUAUUUUAAAAUUGAAAGAAAGUAUAUUGUCUGACUAAUUAAAAAAUUCGGUAAAUGCAAAGAAGAGAUGGCAUGUAUUUUCCCAUGGCCGCAAUCUUAGUUACCACGACCCGUGAAAUUUUACAGGUUCACGGGUCGUGUCAACCAAGAUGGCGGCAGUUGAACAAUUCAUCAUCAUCAUCAUGUCCCUUUGUCCUUGGACUGUUGGGGCGCCACAUAUGACAUGUAAACUAUCCUCCUCCACUCGUCUCUGUCUUCUGCACUACGCACAGCAUUGCCUAGUUUUAGUCCCGUCCACUCUUUGAUGUUAUCUUCCCAUCUUUUUCUUCCUCUUCUUCUCCCUCCUCUUGUGGUGCCCUGCAUGAUUUCUUUGGCGAGCCCUUGUUUCCUUGUCAAAGGCCAUACCAUUGUAGUUUGCGCUUUUUUUACACUCACUAGGAGGUCAUCGUACUGCCCUAUUGCCUGACGAACCCUUUCUUUCACUUGAUCAUUGGAAAUAUGGUCCCUAUUGCAGAUGCUAAAAAUGCUUCUGAAACAUCUCAUUUCCAUCGCCUUUAUUUUCCUUUCAAGUUCUGUGUUUAAUGUCCAGGAUUUGCAGGCAUACAGGAAAAUGGAUAGGACUAAUGAGCGCAUCAGCCUGAUUUUGGUGCUGGGGGCGAUAUUUUUGUUGUUCCAUAUUUUCUUGAGCCUCUUUAGUGCUGUUGUGGUCUGGGCAAUCCAGGACAUUAGUUCGGGGUUGGAGCCUUCUUCUGAGACUAUUGCUCCUAGGUAUUUGAAGCUGCCUACAGUCUCUAGUCUUUCCUCCCCCACCUUAAUUUCAGUGGAACAAUUAAAAUAUUAUAAUAGGCCAACCAAUGAAAUUUUAAAAUUAUAAUUUAUAAACCAAUAAAAUUUGUAUACAAAACAAGCAAUAAUCAUAUUAAGGAAGAUGUAACUCUAGUAAAAAAAAAACAAAGGGAGUGAAUCCAUGACAAAAACUUAAUAAAAACAUGCAAAUGAUGUCAUGGAAUCUCUUCUUUGCAUUGACAAAAAAUUCAAAGUGUCUGCGCACACCGUGGUUUUGUACCUAGGGCAGGAUCUAGCGUGACCUAAGCCUGUGUACACCACGGCAGUGAAGUGUACCUAGCAAAACCAUGGACCUAGUCCUGGAUGCACCAUAGCAAAAAUUUACUUUGGUAGAGUAAGCGCUAGUUUGUGAUCCAAUUACAGAAAAUGUUUGAGUUUUAUUAGGCCUAUAUUACUAUAUACUUAAACCUUAAAUUUUUUUGUUCAUCUUAAUAUUUUUACAAAUAUAAUUAAUAUAUUUUAUAUUUUAAUUAUUUUGUAAUUAAUUACUAAACAGUAGUUUAAUUUUAAAUUUAAAAAUAUUUUGUAGCAAUUUAAAUAUUUUAAAACAUAAAUAAAAUUCAGAUUAUUAGAUCUAAGUGUUUUAACUGGAACAAGAUGUGCUGGCCUUAAAACUUAUAUUAAGCCAUACUUUCAGCUCCCAAAAGUGUUUUACAGUGAAACCAAUGAUUAGAAAAAACUCUUGAGGCCAUAGCAAAAGUGGUGUUAUUUCAGUGAUGUGCUAUUCCCGGGUUCAGCCAGUAUGAUGAUCAUGCUCAGUAAUUUACAAGAUGACGACUUAUGAAGAGCUUAUUUUCAAAACGCGUUAUCCACCACUUAAAAAAAGAAUGAAAAAACCUAACCUUUUUGUAGAGUAAACCAGGUUUCUGUAGGACGUGGUAAAGUUUAUUUACAAAACACAUUAUAUUUCUAUUUCAUUCUUGUCUAAAAAUUAUUUAACUCUCUAAAUGGAGUAUGUAAUUUUUGUAAAAAGUUGAAUAAUCUCAAAACCCCAAAAAUGGACAUAAUAAUAAUAAUAAUAAUAAGACGUCUUAUAUAGCGUGGUACCCCAGCCUAGGGCUGGGCUCACCGCAUUGUACAUAAAAAUUUUAUCAAAAGAGACAUAAUUAUGACAUUAAAAUAAAAUACAUUUAUGAAAAAAAAAGAACAGCAAUGUAUAUUCACCCACCCCACCACAUAACUUUUACAAGACAAACCAUGGACGGCAACCAGCAAGAUCAUUUAUCGGUCAGAGGAGGGGAAUCAGUCAGGGUAGUAUAAUUUAAAAAGAUAUGUAUGUGCAGUUUUGAAGGCCUGGGUGGUUGGUAUAUUGCGUAUGUUUAGUUGCAAAGAAUUCCAUUGUUUGGGGGCUCAGAAAUAGAAAAAAACAGAAAUUUAAUGUAUGUGACACGUAUAAUAACCACAGAACAAAUUUGAAUACUAAGGGAGAUUUUUAUUAUAUUUAAACAUUCUUCAUGCGGUUUACAUUUUACUUUUACAUGUAUAUGUAGCCAUGAUGUAUCCCACAACUUUUCCUGAAUCUGUUAUGAACAUCCAAACAAAAUACCAUUAUAUGAAUAUUAUGUACAUGGUCGUCAUUUCAUCCAUUUUGCUCUCUCUAUGCGUUGGCAAAAUUUACACACGAUAUCCACUUUUCACAUUUACGCAUGGACUACUUUCAUAAAUUAGCUAUCCAUCAUCAGGGAUUCUCACCUCGUCAGAGAGGGGAGGGGGUUUUGGCAGAUUGAAUGAACAUUUAAUAGUUAUCAUGACACGUAAAGAAAAGCUUUCCAUUUAUCUAAAAAUGGUACCCCUCUAUUUAAAGGAAUAAAAGUGAUGCACGGGGCUGACCGCUUUUCCAACCCCCUUAUCCUAUGCCACGGUCCCAGAGACUAUUAUAUGUCCUCCUAUAAUCCACAGAUUCCCUCCCUGUGGGUGUACAGCACAAGUUAGGAUGUAAAAUGUAUUUUACUUACGAAGUGGUGAGAUACGACCAAUCAAAUACUUGCUCUUUACAAGUACCUUGACACUUAAUUGUGGAACUUACCCUCUAUCUCCCUUCCAACCCCCAAAAUAAAAAAUAAAAAAUCCUUAGCAAAACAAUAUUACAAAUACAGGAAGUUGUUUCCAUGCAUUCAUACAGGACUUGAGCCCUGUGCACAAUAAAAAUACAAGUGCUACUUUUGUUUAAAUUUGAAGUUUAAUGAGAGCAUAACAUUAAUUUUAUAAGUACCAGUUACGCCAAAGAAUUAAAGACUGGACUGGCAAAGACCAUGGUUUUGCUGCAUAUACCCCUGCGGUGUACUCAGGCCAAAGUCCAUGGUUAUGCUAGGUACACCACCACUGUGUACAUAAUGCCAAAAUUGUACUCUUUCUUAGUCUUAAUUCCAUCUUAGUUACUCUAUCAAUCAGUAGCAAGUAGAAGAAGUUGUUUUUAGGGGUUCUUUAAUUAUACAUGUAUUGCUUCUCAUGUGUUUGAUAAUGUAAAGGUGUUUAAAAUCCAAAAUAAACCCAUAUAAUUGUAAUCAAUUUUAUCUGUGAAUUUAUUAUUUUGGUAUUUGGCCCUUUUUAGAUUUUUGCUCUCCCAGUGUCAAAACCUGGCUUUCGCUGCUGAGGCUAAGAGCAUAUAUAAUAGGCAUAGUUGUUUUAAUAAGUAGGCCUAAAAUUUAGUAAGGGGUAAGAAAGUGUUAAGGCCCCUUCCCCUGUUAUUAUACGAAAGCUAGAGCUAAGCUAGGGGCAUUAGGAUAAUUUUCUAAGUAAGCAUAGCUAGGCCUAUAUUUUAAAUAAUUCAUAGGCUUAGCCUGCCUAAGCCUGCAGUAAAACCAUAUUUUAGCAUGGAGAAUAAACUAAAAAUAAAAUAGCCUAACAAAAAAAAACCAUACAUUAAUUAAAUGUUUUAAUAUAUUUUUUUUAAAGAAUCAACUUAUUUCAUUAUUUAGCCUGUACUGUAUAGUACUGGUUUUCUGUUAUUCAAAUUACCAUAAGUUCCUUGACUAAAGAACAAACAUUUAAGGAAUUGAAGCAGAGCAAAAAAAGUUGAGCCAUGUUUUGUCAUUUCCAGCUACACUUGUGGUCUGUACGUCAGUAUACUGUUGAGACCUUAGACAUGUCCUUCUUUAUAAGAAAAUUUCAAAUAAAUAAUUCAUAUAUUUAAUUUGAAUUCUUGAUGAAUUUCACUUUAAAAAGUCAAAUAGUACUACAUUGUUACAAAAUCUGUUUGCAUUUUUGUGAAUCCUACCUGAAAGAGAAGAUAGCUAGUAAAUAAUUAAAUUAUUCUAAAUUUAAAAUACUAUCUCUGGUCUUCUACUCUCUCUCCUUUCCCUUUUUAGCGCCAAGUAGACCAUGGGCCAUUAGCAAUAUCUUAUCUCUGGUAAAAUAACUUUAAUUUAAAAUGCUUGAAUACAGAUUACUGGCUAUCAGUAUCUAGUAUGGGUGAACGCCAGGCAAUUAAAAUUAAUAAAUAUAGGGUCCCUUGCAUAUAGGCUUAGCAUUAAUUAAUUUUUAAAAGUUUUUCUUGCCCUCUUCUCAAUCUAUCAUAUUCUUUAAUAGUGUUAAUCAUACUCACUCAUUAUGUUUUUUGUUUAGGGCCUAGCCAUAUUUUUUUGUGUAAUUUCCGGCAUAUAAAACUGGAUAUUAAUUACAUUACUAAGGUUCAAGGAUUAUAUUAGUUUAAAUGGGAAUAUCUCUGGAUUAUGAGGAUUACGACACUAGUGAUAGCAUAUUGGCAUUUAGUUAGUUUACUUUUGCUGUAUAUGAUAUGAAGACUUUUAAAAGUUCUAAUAGAACAGAAGUCUAGUUUUAGGAUAAAAUAAAAGUAAAUUAAGUUUCUAUUUUGAAUUGGGAAUGUUGCAGAAUUGAUCUGUUGUCAAAAUAAGCUUAGAAUUCAAAGACAUCAAUCUUCUCAAUUUUAUAUUAUAGGCCUAGUAAUUUCAAUUGCUAUUGUAGGAUUUGAAUUUGUUAAAAUCACUUAAGUUCAAUUGAAUGAUAAUUUUAAUUUUUUUUUAAUAUUAACAGGUUGAUUUAAGAUAAGAUCCUAAAUGUCAACUGCUAAUGAUUGAGAGCCAUGAUGGAGCCACCGGUUACGACUGGUGAAGUUCUGAUUAAUAAUUGUAAUGAGCUGUCAACCAGAAUGCUAAAUCUACUAAUGUCUAAAGAAAUGUUUGACGUGCAGUUACUUGUUGGAAAACACACAUUUGAUGCACACAAAUUGAUACUGUGUUCCUGCAGCGAUGUUUUUAGGACUAUGUUGACCAAUCAAAAAUGGUCAGAAGCCACCAAACAGUCUGUUGUUCUAGUGGAAGAACCAGUUUGUGAAUCAGUUUUUGGCAGAUUCCUGCACUACAUCUACAGCGGCCAACUCUAUCUCUCACACAGUAAUGUAGGUCCCUUGCUUACAUUAGCUGACAAAUAUAAUGUUAGAGAAAUGAUUCCACUGUGCAGGACAUAUAUGCGGAAGCACAUGGAUGCUCCUGUGGCAGUAUCCUGUGUCUUACAAUGGUGGCAGAUUGCCAACAUGCGCAAUGAUACAGAGCUGGAAGCUAUCAUUCUCAGCUAUAUUGAAUGCAACUUUGAUAAAGUCAUUGCCCUCCCUGACUUUGCCAAUGCCAAUUUGGAAACCAUAGAGAAGCUUAUUACAAGUUCACGACUUGUUAUCCAUUAUGAAGCCUUAAUUUUCUUUAGUGUUGUGGUGUGGCUUAAAGAUUUCAUGGAUCUACGUCAUCCUACAGCUGAGGAGGCUAAAGCUGCAUUCAGAAGAUUAAUGUGCCAUAUCCGAUGGCCAAUGAUGAAUGAAGAAGAAGUUGCAUGGCUUCGAGAAUGUUCAGAUGUCCAAGAAUUUGUCAAGACUUACAGGUCUUUCCUCUCCCUGCCUGACACACCACCUGAUUUGGAUCCCUGUUUACUACUGACUCCAGCAGACCAGAGUGAGUUGCCCUCACCAGUAGACAUGCUGUGUUCUCAGAGCUGCGACAUGUGUGACAGUUUGCUUGGCUGCUCAAAAGAGAAACCUUACCAUUCAAUUCACGCUAUUUCUUUACUUGGGUCAAGUGAGCUCAAAGUGAGAUCAUCCAGACAUUCAAAAUUAAAGCUAGCAUCAGACAAAAUCAAAAAGUAUGUUUACAUGCCCAGGGUUUAUUUCUCUGAUUAUUGGUGCACCAAAUUAACAGUCUCCAACUUCCUCGCCUUCCCUCAAUAUGCCACACAGACAUUUUUCUUCUCAACUCCUCAGACUGGAGACAGACUAGACAAUGGAAAACUUUUAGACUGGGAGGUAAGUGAAAUAUAUAUCAGCGUAAAAUAUACUGAGGCUCCAAGUGUGCAUACUCGUAACUCUUGAAAUUUGUUGUGGGAACAUUUUAAGUAUUAUCCUAUUCUAGUUAAAAUACAGCCAACAAUGUUGACCAUUUAAAACACAGCUGACAAUGUUGACCAUUUAAAACACAGCUGACAAUGUUGUCCAUUUAAAACACAGCUGACAAUGUUGACCAUCAUGUUUGAAACAAAUUAAAGGAUGCCUAAUUGUUCAAGUAAGAAGUAAAAAAAUGUUUUGACUUAAGCUGCUAAACAAAUAAUAUCAAAACAUGGGGACUUAAAAAACAAGAUAAGCAAAAUUAAAUUUUGUAUAUGUACAUUUUUUGUUGGCUGAAAAAUGAGAAUCAUGUCAGUAGGAUAUCAAAAAUUACAUACUUGCACUAUGUUCUGAAUGUGUUCAGUGGAGUCAAACACAUGGUCACACAUUAUUUUUAAAAAGUAGAAAUUAAAAUUCAAUCCAAGAAAGCAAGCAACUUUUCAAGUGGGGCUUACUAAUUCUAAAUAUUUAAAUAUCCUCGAGAUCAUGAUAUAUUUACUCAGUCAUCUUAUUUUACUUUUGGUUCUUCAAUUAAAUUGAGUAAAACAUUUUUGUUCUGAAGUUUUAUACAAUAUUUUGUUAACUCACUGAUUGUGUAAUCACCAGGUGGAGCUCAGUCCGAAAGGUGUUCGCUUUCCUCCAGCUGUUCUUAUUGGUUUGGAGCAGGACGGCAGUAAAAUUAUUGAAGAGUCAUAUAUCCACACUGUUCGUCUGUCCGUUAUGUCAAGAUCACCACAAGAGCUGCCACUCAAGGUACAGCCCAUUUUGUCAUUUUAAAACUAUUUUAAGGAUGAUAAUGAAUGAAGUUUCUGGGGACCAUCAUAUUUUUCAUUUUUUAAUAUCUAUUAACCUGACUGAGUGCGUCAAUCUUUUUAUUGGACAGGUUGAGGUCAAUGUUUUAGUCCAAGCCAAUAAUCCUACAAUGCCAGGAUGUUAUUUCUUCGAAUGCUGCCGGCGUCACACUUGUAUUUUCGAUGGCAGAAAUCACCGACACAACUUGGAUGAUAUUGUGCCUUAUGAGAACUACGGAGCAUAUCUCCAUCCAGAAUGUCCGGUCUCUGACCUAUAUCCAACUCGGACCUUAGCUUUUACCCUUUACAUUGUUAUAAGACCUUUAUCCUAGUAAAUUUAAAAAUUUGACAACUAGUGGUAUUUUGAAAUGCUCUUUUAGUUUCAGUCUAAUUCAGGGAUUUAAUUUUUUCUUUUUUUUUUUUAAAACUUUGAUUGAAAUGGUCAUCUACUUCUUAAUUUGCUGCCUGGAUUUUUAAAGAAAUCCCAACCUCCUUUAAAAGAUCAUCCAACAGUUACUUGUAAAGGUCUAUUUUAUGAUAAGAGCAAUUUGAUUUCAUUGCAUGACAUCAUAAGAGUAGCUUGUUAAAUAUUUUUUUUUAUCUUCAUUACUCUUGAUUUUAGUGUUAAAAUGUUGCAUGCUCAAAAUUUUGAAAACACACCACGUAUUGAAAAAUGUUAAUUAAUAAGUUUUAAAAACUGUAUCAUAGAUGUGGUAGUCAAGCCGUGCUCACAACUUUUAUUUUGUGACACGUAGUUUAAAAUUUAGAAGAGUUAAGUAUAAUUUGUUUUAAUAAUCUCAAUGAUUGUUUUGUGCAGGAUUUGUCAAGUCUUUCAUAUUAUCUCCAAUCAAAAAUUUGUGAUUGAAUUUACUUGUACUGUGUGUUGAUAUUUUAGACUCAAGAUUUUUAUUCUUUUGUUGUCUUGUUUUUGUUUUAAAGAGAUCACUUAUUAUUAUUGUUUGUUUAUUCAAACAAAGUAUGGUAGCCACUAAGAAGAUUCAGGGCACAAUUUUUCACUCUUCUUCCACAAGUCAGAGGCUGAUUAAAAAAAAAAUGUUCUUCCAAUAUUUUUAUUGCAGAGCACAUCAUUAACAGAUGUUUUAGUUCUUUCAUAAGGUAUAACAGUAGAGUUCUUUUUUUGAGGUAUAACAGUAGAUUUCUUUCAUAAGGUAUAACAGUAGAGUUCUUUUUUUGAGGUAUAACAGUAGAGUUCUUUCAUAAGGUAUAACAGUAGAGUUCUUUUUUUGAGGUAUAACAGUAGAUUUCUUUCAUAAGGUAUAACAGUAGAUUUCUUUCAUAAGGUAUAACAGUAGAGUUCUUUCUUAAGGUAUAACAGUAGAUUUCUUUCAUAAGGUAUAACAAUAGAUUUCUUUCAUAAGGUAUAACAGUAGAGUUCUUUCUUAAGGUAUAACAGUAGAGUUCUUUCUUAAGGUAUAACAGUAGAUUUCUUUCAUAAGGUAUAACAAUAGAUUUCUUUCAUAAGGUAUAACAGUAGAGUUCUUUCUUAAGGUAUAACAGUAGAGUUCUUUCUUAAGGUAUAACAGUAGAUUUCUUUCAUAAGGUAUAAAAAUAGAGUUCUUUCUUAAGGUAUAACAGUAGAUUUCUUUCAUAAGGUAUAACAGUAGAUUUCUUUCAUAAGGUAUAACAGUAGAUUUCUUUCAUAAGGUAUAACAGUAGAGUUCUUUCUUAAGGUAUAACAGUAGAUUUCUUUCAUAAGGUAUAA